UGAAUUCUGCCCGCACAGUGUAUUUAUGGAUUUCGUAUGAGCGAUUUCUUUGUUUGGUUUAAAGGAGACGCAGUAAAUGUUCUGAGGGACUCAAGCAGUGCUUUAGUUGUUUUCAUACGCACAGGCAGACAGACAUGGCGAAACUAAUAGGCACACUUCUGUAAGACAAGAUGGCUGCCCAGGCGACGCCUCAACCAGGUGGCCUACACAACAGGAAUCCUGUGGCUGAGAACAAUAGAAACAGGCCUGUUGCGCAAGGAGACAGUUUGCAGGAGAAGGUCCAUCUCAAGAGGGAACUGGGGCUCUUCAGUGCUGUGAGCCUUAUCGUCGGAGUGAUGAUAGGGUCUGGUAUCUUCGUCUCCCCCUCCAUGGCGCUGCAGGAGGCGGGAUCCGUGGGGUUUUGUCUCAUCAUUUGGGCGACUUGCGGAGCCAUCUCUUUGUUGGGGGCGCUGUGUUUCGCUGAGCUGGGUCUGUUGGUCCCCCGCUCAGGGGCUGAGUAUGUCUACCUGCAAGAGGCGUUUGGUGGCUUGCAUAAGUUUUGGGGCCCUUUGCCGAGCUUCCUGUGCUCCUGGGUGUACGUUGCCGUGCUGAGACCAGCCGAGGUGGCCGUCAUUAUCAUGGCUUUCGCGGAGUACGUCUGCCAGCCCCUGGAAAUGUACAUUGGCCACAUUGAGGAAGGAUCCAAAGGAGUCGCCAAGAAGUAUAUUGCACUUCUUGCAUUGGGGCUGCUGACCUACGUCAACCUCAUGAGUGUGAAGCUGUUCGUGCGUGUCCAAAACGUCUUCACAGUCAGCAAGUUGAUGGCCUGUCUUAUCGUCGUUAUCAGCGGGAUAUACGUGCUUUGUGAAGGAUAUACGGACAACAUAGCAGCGGGAUUCCAGGGUUCGAAUUUCUCCCCGCAAAACGUGGCCCUUGCAUUCUAUUAUGCCCUGUGGCCUUUCGACGGCUGGUCAACGGUGACAACUGUAACUGAAGAGGUUAAGAAACCAGAGGCGAACAUUCUGCGAAGCGUCGUGAUUGCCGUUCCCAUGGUAACCGCCAUCUACUUCAUGAUGAAUGUAGCGUACAUGAGUGUCCUCAGUAUCCCCGAGAUGACGUCAUCACCAGCCGUGGCUGUGACACUUGCCGACAGGACGCUGGGGCCGGUGAAGUUCCUCAUCCCUCUCGGAGUGGCGCUGUCAACGUUCGGCUGCGCGCUCAGCAUCCAGUUCAGCGUGACGAGGUUGUGCUACGUGGCCGCCAGAGAGGGACACAUGCUGCAGGCGCUCUCGUACAUACAUACGCGGCGCCUCACCCCCGCCCCCGCCGUGCUCCUCCAGGGACUGCUGACCCUUGUUUUCGUCGUGGUCGGGGACAUAGCGUCCCUGAUCGACUUCGUGAGCUUCCUCAUCUGGAUCUUCUACGGUCUCGCGAUGGCAGCGCUCCUGGUGAUGAGGAAGACAAAGCAAGAUGACCUGAGGCUUUACAAGGUGCCACUACUGUUUCCGGUGUUCAUUAUCUUCGUGUCGCUGUUCCUGUGCCUCGUGCCCAUCAUCACAGACCCAUCACCGAGGUACUUCGUCGCCCUGGUGUUGAUUGGGCUCGGCGUGGCGGUCUAUGUCCCUCUGGUGUUCUACAGACUCCGGCCUCGGUGGAUGGAAAAUUUUUCGUACGUCAUACAAGUCCUCAUGGAAGUGGUUCCCGCUGAAGAACCUGCAGUAGAUCGAAUCGGCAGCUGAAUAAUGUAUCGAGCCAGAUUGAAUGGUGAGACCUAAACCGUCGCGCCCUCUACGGUAAUUGGUGUUCGCUUUGACUGGUCAACAUUCUUCAGUGUUUGCACAUCCAGGGAUUUCAUCUGUGGUUGCCUGUGGCCAUCUUGGGAAGAGCCUGACUUGUUUAGUUUCCCCGAAUGCGUUCAGAGGCGCAGUUGUUUGAACCUAACGUUAGAAGUUUGUGUGGAUGACCCAGUUUUCAGUUCAGCGCUAUCGUGGAGCAAACCUGUGCGUUACGAUCCGGUCCGACUUCAUGAGAUGAGCGUGCGACUCAUUAGGGCACAUGCAAAUAAUAUUUUGUAAAGCGAUGAA